GCCAGAACUGCAUACUCUGCCCUGCAAACUGGAAGUCGGAAGGCGGCAAUAUGUGUUACUACCACUCUGAGGAUGAGAAGUCGUGGAAACAGAGUCAGCAGUUUUGUUUCUCACAAAACUCUACUCUUCUUCUGAUAAAAGAUGCAACAAAGUUGGAACUGACAAAAAAAUUUCCUAAAAAAGUAUACUGGCUUGGACUAACUUUUAGAACUCAACAGAGAAACUGGUAUUGGGCAGACAACACAGCUCUUACAGAAGAACAGAAGCCUUGGACAAUGCAUUUAAACUCCUUCCAAGGCUGUGCAUAUUUUUAUCAUAAUGCCAUAUAUAGGAAACAAUGUAAUGAAGGGCUUAACUACGUCUGUGAAAAGCCUGCCAUCCAAUUACAGCGAGGUAACGACGGCUGGCAGGAGAACUGGUUUGUCAGACCAAAAUGA